UCGCUUUUCACAAAGUUCUCUUUCAUAUUUUGCACCAGGGAAUUAGAUACUGGAAGCAAUUACGCAAUACAGCAUGUAUGUAGUAGUCCGAGUUCUGUGAUUUAUUAUUCGAGGGUUUUUCAUUACUAUUUUUCCCCCGAGUUAUUCAUUAUCGGAACGGUUCGGUGCGCAGUGAAGCGGCUCUCUUCGUGCUGAAGCGUUCGGGGUUUUCGCGCGCUCUCUCGGCCAAGAGGUAAAUAUUUCCUUUUGAAAAAUACGGAAUUAAUUUUGGAAUGGCCACGGCAUCGAAUGGAACUAACUUUACCGGGAACUUAACGAACAAAUUUGUCCAGCCACCCUGGCGCGUGGCGCUCUGGUCAGUGGCUUAUAGCACAAUUCUGGCAGUAGCUGUCUUUGGAAACCUGAUUGUGAUCUGGAUAAUACUGGCCCACAAGAGGAUGCGCACAGUUACAAAUUAUUUUUUGCUCAAUUUGGCAUUUUCUGAUGCAUCUAUGGCAGCCUUCAAUACACUUAUUAAUUUUGUGUACGCGACGCAUGGUGAUUGGUACUUUGGGGAAUCAUACUGCAAAUUCCACAACUUUUUCCCGGUCACCUCGGUUUUUGCAAGCAUCUAUUCUAUGACUGCAAUAGCUGUUGACAGAUACAUGGCUAUCAUUCAUCCUCUGAAGCCACGGCUCUCAGCCAAAGCCACCAGAGGGGUGAUAGUGUGCAUCUGGGUGAUGGCGGUGGUGCUGGCCUUCCCCCUCUGCUACUACUCCACCAUAAAGGUGCUGCCCAAGAGGACUCUCUGCUAUACCGCCUGGCCUCGCCACUCCGAGGAUGCCGUCAUGUAUCAUAUCAUUGUUACUGUGCUAGUGUAUGUCCUGCCCCUGGGGAUAAUGGCGAUCACCUACACUAUAGUUGGAGUGACCUUGUGGGGUGGAGAGAUACCUGGGGACACAUCAGAUAACUAUCAUGGCCAGCUCCGCGCCAAAAGGAAGGUGGUGAAGAUGAUGAUCAUCGUGGUGGUGACUUUUGCCAUCUGCUGGUUGCCGUACCACAUCUAUUUCCUGCUCUCCGGCCUCUACAGGCCAAUCAAUAGAUGGAAGUACAUCCAACAGGUGUACCUGUCAAUCAUGUGGCUGGCCAUGAGCUCCACCAUGUACAACCCCAUCAUAUACUGCUGCCUCAACAGCAGGUUCCGUGCCGGCUUCAAGCAGGCCUUCAGCUGGUGCCCGUUUGUGCACGUGUCCAGCUAUGAUGAGCUGGAGCUGCGCACCACCCGCCUGCACCCCACCCGCCAGAGCAGCAUGUACACGCUCUCCCGCAUGGAGUCCAGCAUGGUGGUGGCGACUACGACGGCCACCUGCGAGGCGUCGGCCGAGGCCAAGCUGGCGGGGCGGAAGGGCGCCGCGUCCUCUCGCCACUUCAACGGCUGCACCAACCCAGCGGGGAGGGCAGUGCUCUACGCCACUUCCGAUGCCCAACAGGAGGAGUUCUCGUGAAGAGACUCAUGUUGCCCACAGACCAGUUUUGCUGGUGUCUACAGGGUCUCAUGUCCUGUUAAGUGUCACAGGGUGGGUAUCCAAAUAAUAUACUUAUCAAGUGCAUCAUUCAUUCCUCAUAGGUGUUCAAGCAAGGUGUUCAUUAAUAUGAUUCAUGCACUGGGCAGUAUGGUGUUAUAAUUAUAUCACAGUGCAGUCAUUAAAUGUUGCAAAUCAUUGUAUUAAUACUUUCUAUUUGCUUAAAAAAUGCUUGUUGACCUGUCCUCAUUG